CUCAAAGUAACAGACCACAGGCCACACAAAACCAAUGGCCGGUGUUUUCCACGCCACCACCGCCCGUCCCCUCCUGCCUCCCGUGCUCGCCUACCUCUCCCCCGCCACCAGAAAGCUCAACCUCACCUGCCCGGCCGCCACCACGAUGGACGGCGCGUCGGCGAGCGCUCCGGACGCCAAGAAGACGACCACCGUGUUCGUUGCCGGCUCGACGGGGAAGACCGGCAAGCGGGUCGUCGAGAAGCUGCUGGAGAGGGGCUUCGGCGUCGUCGCCGGCACGACGGACGUGGGCAGGGCCCGCGGCAGCCUGCCCCAGGACCCCAACCUGCAGCUCGUGAGGGCCGACGUGACGGAGGGCGCGGACAAGCUGGUUGAGGUCGUGCGCGGCGUCGACGCCGUCAUAUGCGCGACGGGGUUCCGGCGGUCGUUUGAUCCCUUUGCUCCCUGGAAGGUGGACAACUUAGGGACAGUGAGUCUCGUGGAAGCAUGCCGAAAGGCUGGAGUUACAAGAUUCAUACUCGUCAGCUCCAUUUUAGUAAAUGGUGCCGCGAUGGGUCAGCUUCUGAAUCCAGCCUACAUUGUGCUUAAUCUGUUCGGCUUAGUACUCGUUGCAAAGCUGCAAGCAGAGAAAUACAUCAGGGGAUCAGGAAUAAAUUACACCAUCAUAAGGCCUGGAGGGCUUACAGAUCAACCGCCGACCGGGAGUAUAGUCAUAGAGCCAGAGGAUACUCUCUACGAUGGCUCCAUAUCGAGAGACCAGGUUGCAGAAGUGGCUGUGGAGGCAUUGUUAUGCCCGGAGGAGUCUUCCUACAAAGUCGUCGAGAUUGUCACCCGAGCUGAUGCUCCAAGUCGGCCCCUCAAGGAUAUGUUUGCUUCUAUUAAACAGAAAUGAGUGCUUGAGCCUAAAUAGAUACUAGGAACUAGUAGUACUGUGCCUAAUACUAGGGCGUCUGUGAAGAGUGUUGUAAACUGUAAGAGAUAUUUCAGUGAUCGUUCAUCUAUAGAACUUCUCACCGAAAACCUACUGUGUUGGUUUAGCCAGAGAUACAAAGGAGGUUGGCUUCCUAUGCGUAGUACUGUACAACAUUUCUAUAUUUUCAUUUCUGAUAAAGGCCGAUAUAUUAACAGA